GUUAACUUCAAUAGGCCGUGGCUGGGGAGAAGCUCUGAGCUAGACUUUCAAUGUUCAGUUUUCAAAGUCGCGUGUUGAAAUUAUUAAGUUAGCCUUAUCAACGAACGAUUUCAUCCCAAAUUUUACCAUUUAUCACCCUCUACCGUUGAUAAUCUGAAGCUGCGGAUACUUCUGAUUCCUUCGUCGAGAGGCCAAUUAAGGUCCUCGUGCCUGAGCUAUCGCAUAGAUUUUCAACGAAAAAAAAGAGGCGGGAGCCUAAGCAGAUUAUCACGAUGGCGCCUCCUAAGAUGACGAAGAAUCAGAAGCGCCGCGCGAAGAAGAAGGCAGAAAAGCAAACGAAGACAGAGGAAAUAUCCAAAGACGACAAUACUCCAGAGGUUCAAGCAGACGAGGCCAAAUCCGAGCCGGAAAAGGAUGCGCCUAAUCAAAGCGACACGGCAGGACUCGAGGUUAAGAAGGAGCCUACUUCGUCAGAUAAGGUUGCCCCCGAUGGACCUGCUGAAACCGUCGAUGAAUUAGAUUUCGAUCACGAAGAUCCUACUUUUUCUAUGUACAAGGAUAUAUUUACCAAGUUCGGUGCAUCGAGAGAAGAGGACGACAUUGCAAAAGAAGCCAACGCUGGUAACCAGGGAGAAGUCUACUUCGACGACGAGAACGAUCUACCCGAUGAAGAAGACGAAAGAAAUACACAACCUAAACUCUCUAAAAAGAAACGAAAGAUGCUCAACAAACUUUCCAUUGCAGAGCUUAAGGCAUUAGUAAGAAAGCCUGAAGUUGUGGAAUGGCACGAUACGUCAUCAUCAGACCCUCGAACGCUGGUACAGAUCAAGGCGCAACGAAACGUCGUUCCGGUACCUUCUCACUGGUCACUAAAGCGCGAAUAUCUUUCGUCCAAGAGGGGUAUCGAGAAGCCUGCCUUUAAGCUGCCCAAAUUUAUUGCGGAUACGGGCAUUGCGGAGAUGAGGGAUGCCGUACUAGAGAAGCAAGCCGAGCAAACCCUAAAGCAGAAGCAACGCGAAAGAGUACAACCGAAAAUGGGAAAAUUGGAUAUCGACUACCAGAAGCUGUACGAUGCUUUCUUCAGAUUUCAAAACAAACCCCAUUUAACACGCUUCGGUGAAGUAUACUAUGAGGGUAAAGAAUAUGAAACAGAUUUGCGGCAUCUCCGACCCGGAGAGUUGAGCGAUACCUUAAAGGAGGCACUCAGUAUUCCUCCGGGGGCUCCCCCGCCAUGGCUUAUCCAUCAACAAAGAUUUGGCCCACCUCCAUCUUAUCCCUCCCUUCGAAUUCCCGGACUGAAUGCUCCUAUCCCACCAGGUGCACAAUGGGGUUUCAACCCAGGAUGCUAUGGCAAGCCUCCUGUCGAUGAAUACAACAGGCCAUUGUACGGAGGAGAUAUCUUCGGUAUCAUGCAACCAUCCCAAGCAGCACCCCCUCCUGGGGAACCCAUUGAGCGUACACUAUGGGGUGAGCUUCAAGAAGCUGAAGAAGAGUCCGAAGAAGAGGAGGAGUCAGAUGAGGAGGAGGAGGAAGACGAAGAAGACGUCGGUGUAGGAUUACAGACUCCGACUGGUAUGGAGACACCUGGCGGCUUGGCUAGCAGUGUACCGACAGAAUAUGGUACAGCAACCGAAUCUGUAGCUGGAGAGUUGGAUCUUCGGAAAUCCCGCCGUGGCUAUGAGACCGAGGAGAGCACGCAUCCUCGCGCAGCUUACACAGUCAUUCAAGAGAAGCAGGCACGGGCGGAAGGCUUCUUCGGCAGUGACCGCGUAUACGAUCUUAAGAACGCUGGUGGGGACAUGCGUGUCCUCGGCCAGGACGACGAUAGCAGCCGAAAGCGAAAGAAGCCUGGUGAUGUAGAUGUAUCUUUCGACCCAGAUGCAUUAGCAGAUGGUAUUAGCAAGGACGAGAUGCGGAAGAAGUUCGAAGAAGGUCGGCGCGAUGAAGGCAUUGGUGCUAAUUGGAGAAGAGAAGAGGGUCUCGAAGAGAUGAUUGCCAAUGAAAGUCGUAAGAGGCUGAAGCGCGACGAAGAAAAGAGAGAGGAGAAGAAGAAAUAUAGGUUCUAGGCCGGUUCGCUUCCUAGAACAGAACUAAUAAUUAAAUUGACCUGUACUUUAGUGUAUAGCAUUGGGAUGAAUGAGCGCUUUGCAAGUUUCCAUUAUCGAGCGUAUAUUGAUCCAAUCGAAUGUGACAUGCCCCUGGGCGGGAGAUUGGGUAAUGAGUGUUAUAUAGGUAGUUUACGAUGACUUGACAUAUCCUUGGUUAUUCGAAUACACCAGCUAUUGCUACCAUAUCUUUGUGCGUGGUUUGACUAUGAAUACUCUCCACAUAUCCUAGCAACAGGUAUGGAAUAUAGCUCCUAGCUCCCAGCUUUCUGUUCUCCACCCGCAACAUGACUCGUGGUAAUAAGAUCUGCUUGUUCCUUUUGUGCCCCCUCUGUACCUCGAAGCAAAGUCUCGACCU